AUGCUCUACAAUGCCGAUUGGACAUCUGGGCUCAAAUACAAGUCCUUUACAUGCCCGCAGUUGCUCCAAUCCAUGCUAUGGAGGAUGCUUGUCAUUCUGAAGGCACUGCAGCACUCAAGCCAGAGACAUUUUCAACUCAGGCUACCAUCCCAGCUGGCCCUGCACCUUCCUUGCAACCAACAACUUCAUGAAUGUGAAUGGGAGCUCUGGUAUGCUCAAGCCCAUGACGCAUUGAACAAUGUUCGACAGCAUAUCUGUCUAUUCACCCACCUCAAUACAUUCAGGAUGGUGAAUGUACGGGGUCAAUGUGCCUCUACUUGUGCACGCACCACUCUCGAUCUUGCAGUUGAGAAGAAGCAUGUGAGCAAGGCUAAAUAUGAUGCUGCCCGGGAUGCACUUACUGCCCUCGCUCCCUUGCUCGAAAAAUUCAGCUGGACCAAUGUAGAGACUCGCAUUUCUGCAGGUGCAGACUGGGCUAUAUUACGCAUUUCAUGA